AUGGCGUGCGGAACAAGCUACGCGUGUCCGCCCUCCGAGCCUGAUGGCCAAUACUUCCGCCGGCAUAUCCGCGAAGUCACCACGAAGCGCUUCCAGACCGCGCCGAAUCGCCAUGAAACCACAGAUACGGACAGCAAUGACAUGGAGAACGACCACGUCGACAAAGAUCCAGGACCAGACGGCCGCAGGCCCGCAAAGGGCACAGUGCCGGGCAAGACUAGACUCUCCCAGCACCCUCUUCCUCUCACUGCCCUCCCCAUCAACCCACUCACAGGAAAGCCCCGCCGCCGCGCCAUUCCACACUUAGUCGCCAGCCAAAACGCCGGUGUGACCGCUAUGCUGCGCUACAAAACUGGCCGCGAACCCGCCUGGCUGCGUCGCAUUCAAUUGCAACAAAUCAAGCGCGUUGGCCGCUACACAGAUCAAGUGCGACCAAUUCAAGACGCGAUCGCUAUGGGCAAGAUGGAGGACCGUUGGGACUCUGACACUUUAGCACAAGCCCAGCGUGAAGGCGUGCUCUCCUCGUCCGAGAACGGGUUGGGCGGAGUAAGUGAGGACAAAGCACAAAGACUGAACUGGGAAGAGGCGCAUAUCACAGCCGUCGAAGGUCUGCACGCCAAUCACCAGAAACGACUCUUCACGCAAGCCGUUAAAGGCUGGAAGCUGUGGCAGAUCGUCAAGCGGGAGAAGUGGAUGGCGGAGAAAGAGGGAAUACCCUACAAGAUCGCAAGCGCGAUACAACGAGGCCAGAGAUUGCAGGAUGAGUUGCUCAAGCUCGCUGGCACGAGCUCCGAGCGAGUCAAGGCACGUCAUGGGUCUGAGAAUGGGAGCAGCGGUGUUGAUUGGGAGAUAAGGUCAAAAGAGACGUCGAAAGAGUUGAUCAGGGGGGCAUUGGCAUGUGCACCGCUAAUGAUUCCGACGGCGUGGUCGGAGAAGGUGGUUGAUAGGGAGGUGCCGGGGUACUUGGAGAAGCCAUUGACGCCGUCUGGCGACGCGAUGCAACGUUUGAGUGAGGGGGACAGGAAGCAGAUUCUGGCGACGCUGGAGAUCUGA